GAACUGUAAUGAAAUAACAGGUUGCUGCAGUAUAAAAUGGGGUGACCGAAGCCGUUACUGUAGUACUGCCUUCAGUCACAUCAGUGUUACGAUCAAGAGGUUUAAUUGACAAAAUGCUGCUGAUUUUGAUACCGUGCCUACUAGCCAGCUCAGUCUUAGCUGCCAGUGAAGAGCAAUGCCAAGUUGGGAAUGUCACUUUCACCGGUUUCAAUAUAAAUCAAUACGUGGGAACGUGGUAUGAAAUGUACCGCAUCCACAACGCUGAUGAGGAAAACUAUGGUAACUGCGAGUACGAUGAAUACUUUGACACUGGAAAUGGAAUCAAUGUUCGCAGUGUUGCCUACAACACUAGAACUGGAAGUUUCGAAACGUCGGUCGGUACAGUGUCACUUUGGACGGACAACACCUUCGACAUCAGCUAUUCUAACGAUGAUCUCUGGACCAGUCACUACUGGGUACUGGGGACUGAUUACAAGACGUAUUCCAUAGUGAGAGGCUGUCUAGCCGACGACAACGCACAUCCACUGACGUGGAUUGCAAGUCGCACAACAUCAUUUGACGAUGAGACGAAACAAGAGGUUAACAACAUCUUGGAGCAGUACGGCAUCAGCCUAGAUGACUUCGAGCCCGUCACCCAGACGGACUGCGCGAAAUAUAGGAGUCCUUAAAUGUCACAGCUCUUAUGCACUGUUUGACGCUACUGAACUGCGGUUACCACGGCGUCGAUAAGCAACGAAAUAAUUAACAGUAUACACUGCUUUGUUCGAACUUGUAUCUGUAAGAAAUAAAGCGCUUCUCAUCAUAA